GGCUGCCCCGGCCCCGGCCCGGCGGACCCGCCCCGGGAGCGGGCGGUACCGGGCCGCCCCCGGCCGCGCUGACAUCAGCCGUGAAAAGGGCGCGGGCGGCGGCAUCCGCCACUUGCCGCACCGGGACCGCGGGACCCGCAGACCCCCCCCCUUCCCCGCCGUCAGCAUGGCAAACCGGGGACCGUCGUACGGCCUGAGCCGGGAGGUGCAGCAGAAGAUCGACCGUCAGUACGACCCCGAGCUGGAGCAGAUCCUGGUGCGGUGGAUCCUGGCACAGUGCGGCGGCGACGUCGCGCAGCCGGCGCCCGGUAGGGACGGCUUCCAGCAGUGGCUGAAGGACGGCACCGUGUUGUGCCGGCUCAUCAACAGCCUGCACCCGCGGGGCCAGAGCCCGGUGGCCAAGAUCCAGGCGUCCGCCAUGGCCUUCAAGCAGAUGGAGCAGAUCUCGCAGUUCCUGCAGGCGGCCGAGCGUUACGGCAUCGCCGCCACCGACAUCUUCCAGACCGUCGACCUUUGGGAAGGGAAGAACAUGGCGUGCGUGCAGAGGACCCUGAUGAACCUGGGCAGCCUGGCGGUGGCCAAGGGCGACGGGCUCUUCGUGGGAGACCCCAACUGGUUCCCCAAGAAGUCGCAGGAGAACCGGCGCGUCUUCUCGGAGGACAAGCUGAAGGAGGGACAGAGCGUCAUCGGGCUGCAGAUGGGCACCAACCGGGGCGCCUCGCAGGCCGGCAUGACGGGCUACGGCAUGCCCCGCCAGAUCCUCUGAGCACCCGCACCCCCCCCCCGGCCCCGGCAUGGCCCCCCCCGGGGGCCGGCCCCCAGACUGCCUUAACCACCCCCCCCCCCCAUCCUUUUCCUGCCGCGGACCAGCCGGGUGCCCCCCACCCAGGCACCCGCCCCCCCACCCCCAGCCAGUAUUUCCAGGACCAAAGUCUUUUUUUUUUUU